AACAGCAACAAUAAAUAUUUAUUUUGGGUUGUCUUAAAACUAACAUUUUGUUGGUUUUGUCUGCAUCAGCACUCGGACUUUUAUUUCCAAAAAUACCUUUUAUCUCAUUCGAAAUAUUUCGAAACAAUAAGAAAAAAUAGGUGUUGAGAGAAUAUUUAAAUCGAUAUUCGUGACCUAAACUACCGGACAUCCGGUGACUCCAUACACGUUGUCUCUAGUUCUCGAGGGAAUAGAGAUCGUUGCAGCGUUUCUUUCUUUUCUGAACAGGCGCAGUCCGAGAGAACUCGCAAAAGGAGUAAAAGGCUCCUACGUAACCUGUCACUACCAAUAUAUUGUAUGAGUCAGAAGGUAGAAAAACCAGUAUUAUCGGGUCAACGGAUCAAGACCAGAAAAAGAGAUGAGAAAGAGAAAUACGACCCUAACGGGUUCCGCGACGCGCUGGUGCAAGGGCUGGAGCGCGCCGGCGGCGAUCUGGAGGCGGCCUACAAGUUCCUAGAUGGCGCCGGCUCCAAGCUCGACUACCGCCGCUAUGGGGAGGUCAUCUUUGACGUUCUCAUCGCCGGCGGCCUGCUGCUCCCCGGCGGGUCGGUGUCGAUGGACGGCGAGUCCCCGAAGACCAACACGUGCAUUUUCUCCGCCAGCGAGGAUAUGGAAACCAUGCGCAACUUCGAACAGGUCUUUGUCAAGCUCAUGCGUCGGUACAAGUAUCUGGAAAAAAUGUUUGAAGAAGAAAUGAAAAAGGUCCUUGUUUAUUUGAAAGGCUUUGAACCCCAACAGCGCAUCAAACUGGCUCGUAUGACUGCACUAUGGAUUGGUAACGGUUGCGUGCCGCCUUCGGUGCUGUUGGUGCUGGUGAACGAGCACCUGCUGAAAGACAACCUGGCGCUGGAGUUUGUGCUGGAGGUGUUCGCCACCGUGAAACAGGAGCGCGGCGUCACCUCACUCGUCACCGCACUCAAGAAGGGACAACUCGAGGGCAGGUUGCUGGAGUUCCUGCCGCUGAACCGUCGCAGUGAGGAGGUGCUGGCGUCCUCGUUCGCGUCGCGCGGCCUCGCUGAGCUGCUGCGGCUGCACCGGGCGCAGGCUUCGCAGGAGGCCCGGCGCGAGCUGACGGCGGCGCUGCUGGACGAGCUGGCGGAAGACAAGCCGGUGCGAGAUCUCAUACAGGAGCUGCGCGACAUGGCGCAAAAGCACGCCAUACCUGACCACGAAAUCGUCGCCAUUAUCUGGCAGUGCGUGAUGUCCCGCGGCGAGUGGAACAAAAAGGAGGAGCUGCUGGCGGAGCAAGCGGCCAAGCACUUGCGCCACUACACGCCUCUGCUCGCAGCCUUCGCGCACUCCGCCAAAGCAGAGAUCGCUUUGUUAACCAAGGUGCAAGAGUACUGCUACGAGAACAUGAGCUUCAUGCGCGCGUUCAGCAAGCUGGUGCUGAUGCUGUACAAGACGAACGUGCUGUCGGAGGAGGUGAUCCUCAAGUGGUACCGCGAGCCCAACUCCACCAAGGGCAAGGUGAUGUUCCUCGACCAGAUGAAGAAGUUCGUUGAGUGGCUGCAGAGCGCAGAGGAGGAGUCGGAGAGUGGUGAAGACGAAGAUUAGAUUAAGAGCAGCGUGAGACUGAACCCUACAUACACAAGCGCGCCGUCCCACUCCGCACACCACAGACAUACAGACAGACAGACAGCGGGCGGCGCCCCGCACCCCGCCCCGCGCCCGCACG